CUUUCUGAUUCUGCCUUGUCCCAUGAGUUUAUGGUCUCCUAAGUGAGUCAACCAAUCAGGUACUGUUUGCUAUCAAAUACCCCAUGUAACUAGAAGGUUGACGCCAUCCUCAUAUCAUAGGGACAAGCAUGACCCUACACCUACACUGAAAUCGUCGGAAAUCGUGAAAUAUCAGCCCACCAUGGAGGUGGAGGAUUCCGACUACGAAGCCUUCAUGCGGUCGACCUGCUACCACCUCGCUCCCCGCGGGCUUGAAGGCCAGGACUUGUAUUUAUACCACGCCCGAGAACGCUACCGCAGCAGGCUUUUCACCAGAAGAAAGAUCAAGGAAAUGGAUCCCGAGGAUUUGAAGCGUCUUGAGUCAUUUAUCAAUCUGCACAUCAAGCUCGAUCUGGAAGUCCAACGCCUUGCAGCUUUCAUAAAUAAACGGCGUGCGCUCCAGGACUCGAUGGAGAUGGCUUCCAAGGAAAGGCUACCGAAGGAGGGGGUCAAAGCUCAGGUCCAGACCAUCAAAGACCAGCUGAAUGCACUCGAGUUCGAAAUGCAGCCCGCCCGUGAAAUCAUCUUCAACACCUCUUGCUCGAUCUUUCUCGGCCUCGCGGACUUUCCAGACGGUAAGCUUAAAGAGCGUUUGAAGAUGCCUCAUGCUCAUAAUGAUUGGAUUGAGUGGCACUGCCGGGGAAGAGGUGGAUGCUGUGCAAAUAUGUGUGGAUGCUGCUCAAAGCCCAGAGAAGGGAUUGAUAUUAAGGGAAUAGGGCAUUGCACCUCGGCCUGUGUGUGCUGCAAGCAGAGACGGGAAGCACAUACUAAUACUUCGGACGGUCCGCUUGGGAUGGAGAUGAAGAUCGUGAACCUGGCUGACAGCAAAGAGUGUUUAGGCCUGGUGGACUUGUUUAUCGGUCAUACAGCGUAUGAUGACUUUGGCUACGACCGAUAAUGGUCUGCGGGUAUCGUCGGGCUGGACUGACUCAUGGCUCACAUCCAACUCAUCAUUUCAUUUGCUAAUGUGCACAAGUGACUCACAAAUUACAAGUUUGAUCUGCCAUGAUUCCUGUCAGCCUGGACC